UGUGACCGUACUGAAUAUAAUAGGUUUGUUUAGUACUAUAUCAGCCUAUUAGAGGUUUGAAGUCAUGUUGAAGUUACUGGGAGAGUUGAAAGGCUACCUGAAGAGGCAGGAGGUGGAGACGGACAACGUGGUGUUUCGACUUCACCACACCUUCACCACGGUCCUGCUGCUGGGGUGUUCCCUGGUGAUCACAGCCAACCAGUUCGUGGGCAGCCCCAUACAGUGUCUCGUGGAUAACGCUCUGAAGAAGUGGAACCGCGCGAUCAACACCUACUGUUGGAUCACCUCCACCUUCACCAUGCCGGACGACUUCAAUCGUCGAGUCGGCGUGGAGGUCGCCCACCCGGGGGUCGCUAACGACUUCGGGGACGAAGGCGCCAAGAAGUAUUACACCUACUACCAGUGGGUCUGCUUCGCCCUGUUCUUCCAGGCCGUCAUGUGCUACACCCCGAAGUACAUCUGGGACAUCCUAGAAGGAGGACUCAUGAAGUCUGCCACCGCAGGCCUGAAGAUCGCCAUACUCCAUAACGAAGAAUUGGCCAAAAAGAAGAAAGCAUUAAUCGACUAUUUAUUGAAGCAUUACAAGAAUAUGUUGAAGUUAUUAGGAGGAUUAAAGGACUACCUGAAGUGGCAGGAUAUCACGACAGACACCGCGGUGUUUCGUCUGCAUAACACAUUCACGACGGUACUGUUGUUGGGAUGUUCCCUGGUGAUCACCGCUACCCAGUUCGUGGGCACCCCUAUCCAAUGUAUUGUCAACGGCCUGCCGACCCAUCCCAUCAAUACAUACUGUUGGAUCACCUCCACCUUUACCAUGCCUGACGCCUUCAAGCGACAAGUCGGGGUUGAGGUCGCUCAUCCAGGAGUUGCUAACGACUUUGGAGACGAUGACGCCAAGAAAUACUACACCUAUUACCAAUGGGUCUGUUUUGUCCUGUUCUUUCAAGCCAUUCUGUGCUACACUCCGAAAUACCUGUGGGAUGCCUGGGAAGGAGGACUGCUCAGAUCUAUCAUCAUGGGCCUCAACAUCGGGAUGUGCCAUGAAGAGGAAAAGUGCAAAAAGAAGAAAGCACUCAUUGACUAUCUCCUGAGACAUGUCAAGAGACACAACAUGUACGCGAUCCGCUACUGGUUCUGCGAGGUACUGUGCCUGGUCAACAUCGUGGUGCAGCUCUACUUCAUGAACAAGUUCUUUGACGGCGAAUUUCUGAGCUACGGCUGGAGAGUGAUGUCCUUCUCCGAGCAGGUGCAGGAGGACCGGAUGGACCCCAUGGUCUACAUCUUCCCGCGGGUGACCAAGUGCACCUUCCACAAGUACGGAGCCUCCGGUACCAUCCAGAAGCACGACAGUCUGUGCAUCCUGCCGCUCAACAUCGUCAACGAGAAGACCUACAUCUUCAUCUGGUUCUGGUUCAUCCUACUGCUGACCAUGUUGUCGAUCCUCGUGAUCUGGCGCGCACUGAUCAUAUGCUGCCCUUCCGUGCGACCCAGGCUGCUGCGCGCGCGGAACCGCCUCAUCCCCAUCGAGGUGGCGGAGGCCAUCGUGCGCAAGACGGACGUCGGCGACUGGUGGAUCCUCUACAUGCUGGGGGGCAAUAUGGACGCCAUCAUCUACCGCGAGAUGAUCACCGAACUCGCCAAGAAGAUCGAGACGGCCGCCAGCAACAGUCAAUGAUACCGGCGACCCCUUGACUCUGGGGGGUCCGCCUAUUCCAUCCCCCUAGAUCCCUAGGGCACCUGUAUCGUAUUGUAAAUUUGUAUAGCCCAUGUUUAUUGUUUUAGCGACUCAUUACAGUCCCGGUGUCCAGGCCGUCCCACGGAUGUUUUAUGUUGUAACGAAAACCUCUGUACGCUGCUCUGAAGUACAGUGGUCCGUUUGAAAAUGUAUUGUAAAUUUUUUUAAAGACAUUUUUUAUUAAAAUCUCACAACAUUUCCACGAAUAAUAAUUAAGACUGAGAUAUGUUAUUUGUAAGAGAACUUUACUACUAAUGGCUUAUUUGAAAGGUAUCAUAAGACAACAUUUGAUGUGUUGAAUUAAUGAAGUAUUGUGUAUUUUAUGUACAAACGAUGAGUUUUUUACACAGCCUCCCCAUAUCUCUUAAAGCCUGUUUAACGUUUUUCAAGGUUUCAACUUUAUAAGUACAAUCAUGAUUUUGUUUGUAUGUAUUUUAUACUAAAAGUAACUGUAUAUUGUAGAGUUUCAGGUUUCAUACAGUGAUAUAGCCAAUUAUAUUUGAAAUGGUUGUAUACUUUCCAAAAUAUUAUUAAUUUUACAUAUUGCUGAUUUCCACUCUGCUCUCUUUAUUACGGGACAUGCUUAGUGUGAAUGAGUCCUAUAUUGUUGUUUUUAUAUAAAAAUAAUUAUGUAUCAGAUUGAAUGGUUAAGUGUACACAUUUUUCAAAGUAUUGAAUACACAAAUUGUAGACGUACAUACAGAACAUACAUUUACUUGCCUAAGACUGCCGGCGAAGUGCCUUCAAACACUGCGGUGUUUCUUCCUGACUGUGAUUAUUUAUUUUUGUAAGCUGCAUAAGUAGUUGAUGGCCUAAUUUGUGGACCGUGAGUUGGGGGUGUGUUCUCUCUACCCCAACAGACUGUGUUUAUUUGUACGUAGCUUGUAUAUACAUGAAUCAUGUGCUGUUGACUUAGUUCAUAUUUCGCACUCUGUGUUUGCCCUGUAUGUCGUGUAGUUGAACAUGCAUUCUACAAGCUCAAUCAUAUAUUUAUUAUAUUAUUUAUUAAGAUUUCAGAAAUAUUGGUAUCUCUAUUGUUGGGUAAGUCCGCCGAUGUACUUUUUAAGAUGGUAUAUACAUUACUCUGCAGUCUUCCAACCAUGUUCCCUGGAACAUUUUGGAUCUGGCGGUGUGAUUUCAUUGUGUACAGUUUCAGUUUCCUAGUUACCGUCCUUUAUUUGGUCAGUUUGCACAAAUAAUCUGAAGGAAUCAUUAUUCAGAAUGUGUUCACAGCGGUUUUAUUUUUCUUUUCGAUUGUAUUGUGACUGGUGACAAAACGACUGGAUGCUACCGAUUUCAUCAAUAAGAGUGUGAAUGGAUGUACGAGUAGCAGUACUAUUCCACCGCACCGACCAGAUCAAAUUUAGGCUGUGGGUCCAAAUAACUUCCAUACAUUCUAGAUGUAAAGACACAUUUUGAUACUAAGGUUUAUUGUAGGAAUGUAGAGAGAUUAUAUUGCUGAUAUAUUACCUUGCCAUACAGGCAAGGCUUGUUCCGUAUUACAAGAAUGUUCCAUAUUACCUAGAUAAUUAUAAGGUACUAUCUGUUCUGCAUGCUGAAUAUGCUAUAAUAUAAAUACAUAACUAAUUGGUUCAAGUA